UUGCAGCUCAAUUCAAUUUUUAUUAUUAUUUUUCUAAUUCAUGCUGGCUGUGUGUCAUUCGAAGCCAAUGCGCGCGCUGCUGCUAUUGCCGCUGCUGUCAGCAACCGCCCGCCUCUUUACUAAACCAGCCAAACACUCACUCGCGGUGUCAUUAUCCUAUCUCCAGCGCUCAGCCAUCAGUGUCAGGCAGUACGCCGCUGUGCCCUCGAUUGAACUGACGCCCGAGCGCAAGAGCGAGAUUGUACAGCAUAUCCGCGAGAUCCAGGCUAUAGACUCGACGAUCCCCUGGCACAUUCUGGCAAACAAGUACCACCUGGGCGCAGACAGACUCCAGCAGAUCCUGGCGCAAGCCGAUGCUGAGGUCCAAAAAAGACUAGAGCUAAGAAAGCAGAUUACUGAGGCAGCGGCUAACAGAUUCUUUGACGCAGCCACUGCCCGGUGCAACUGGGAGGCGCUGGCCACUGAGUUUGGCUUGCCGCUCAUUGACUGCCUGCGGCUGUUUGACUUGACACAGUCUUCAAUUCAGCCACGCGCCAUGCCCAUCCCUCACAGAUGGACUGUCGAUAACCGCAAAGUAUUGACUCAGUUUGUUGCAGACCACUUUGGCGAAAAGGCAACUGGCGACUGGGUUUUAGCAGACGUGUACAUGAACACCAAUGACUCUGGUUGCUUCAAGGCAUUCGAUUUUUGGCAGCACCCUCGCAUAACAGCAAAAUUGAUUGAUGAUCUCAACAGACACCGUACUCAGGGAGUAAGCUGGAAGGCUAUUUACCUGAUGUAUCCAUACUUUUUGUCAUACACAAUCUUGGCUAGCUCGUAUUCUCAAUACGUGAGCCGACAAGACACAUCGAAGAAAAACGACGUGAAGGCUGUGCAGUGGGCCAAGGCCGAACGACAGUGGAUUAAGGAUAUCAUAUGGGAGCAUCGCCACUCUAUCGACACUAAAACACUGGCGGUAAUGGUACAGCGCGAGUUCCCAGACAAACCACUGAAAAACAUUAGGAACAUAUGUUCCAAAUUAUUGGCACCUGCCAAACAUUUAACAUUCUGUCUGAGCGAUAUGGUUAAGCUGAGGCAGAUGGUCAGCAAGCAUGGCGAGGACUGGGCACGGAUUGACAACGAGCUGGGCACAUUUCCUGGACGCGCACAGCACAGCUGGAUCAAGUACAGCCACGUUGAUCUUUCUGACCAGUGGACCGACAGUGAGCUGCAAAAGCUGAGAAUUUGCAUGGACAAGGGGAUGGGCACAACAGAGACUUCGCGGUACAUCGGGACCAGAAUGCCCAUACAAUGUGGCAAUAAAAUGAAUUAUAUUCGGAGCAAAGGUGUGCUGGGCAAGAAUAACGAAUACAAGAACGAAAAAUGGACCAGCAACGGUGACAGACGACUCUUGCUGAUGGUUGAUACGUUUAAAAGGAAGGGCGCCAUUGAUUGGGAUAUUAUCAGCGAGGCUCUUUGUCGUCCUGUUAAUAGCUGCUACAUGCACUACCAAGCAUUACAAUCAAUAAAGGAGGCGGCAGCUCUGUCAGAAUCACAGCCAUCUAAAGCCGACAGUGUGACUCGUGAGGUGCAGCAGCAAUUAUCUCUGGGAGAGGUCGACUAGGCGCGAGUCAGCAGCGCAACAGGGCUCAGCGAGCUCGAGUGCCUGGAGCUCAGCCAAUUCGACGAAGGCAAGGCUAGUUGGGCAUAUAACAUGGACACAUUCUCUUGGGACAUGGCCAACCGCAUGUCUGGGUUUAUCAAGUCGAACUAUCCAAAGCCGCUGCCAACCAACUUUAAAGCUGUCUCCAAUUUUAUGUGGAUCCGAAUUGAAGACUGCAUCAGAAUGCACGAGCUGUUGCAUGGGAGGUUCCGGUGGACAGACGCGCGGAUUGCACAGGCCAAAUCUCUGCGUGAACAGGGGCUUUCGUUUGAAAAUAUUGCCAACCGUUUAUCUCCGCUUAUUAAUAAAUAAAGUGUGCGUUAUAUAUUUGUUAAAUCGCCAA